AUGGGCGACGCUGCUGCUUCCCCUUUCCCAUCUCCCUUCAAGGGCUGGCACAAUGAUACUUACCAAAGGAUUGAUCCUUCACGUCCCGAGCUUUCACUUGAAGGGAAGACGGCAAUCGUGACGGGAGGCGCUGGUGCAAUCGGCUCUGCUAUCGUCAACGCUUUCGCAAAGGCGGGUAUCAGUCUCGUCGGCAUCGUGGGACGCACACAGGAGACCCUGGAUGCGACCAAGGCCAAAUUUGAGUCCCAGUAUCCAAAUACCAAGAUUGUUGCCGCGACCGCAGACACAGCUUCUCUCUCAAGCGUCGAAGCUGCAUUCAAACUCAUCCAACAACAAGCCAAAAACCCCAUCGACAUCUUCGUCCACAACGCCGGCCAUCUCGCCGAACCGGCAACAAUAAUUUCCUCCGAUCCGAAGGAAUGGUGGACAUCAUUCGAAGUCAACAUCCUCGGGGCAUUCCACUCUGUUCGAGCCUUCAUCCCUGUGGGAUCUCCAACAGCGACAAUCAUCAACGUCUCUACGGCUGGAACCCACGUACCUGCGGCCAUCGUCGCCGAUUUGUCAGCGUACACCGCCUCGAAACUGGGAGCGCUUAAGGUCUUCGAAUUCGUCCAGAGCGAGCACCCGGACCUGCAUGUUGUCAACAUUCAGCCGGGCAUCAUUUUGAGCGAUAUCAAUGUCAAGCAUGGGGCCAUGACACCCAUGGAUACGCCGGACCUGCCGGGUUCAUUCACAGUCUGGGCAUGCAGCCCUGAAGCCAAGUUCCUAAAGAACAAGUUCGUCUGGGCGAACUGGGACGUGGACGAAAUGAAGGCCAAAGCUGGCGAAAUCGAAAAUUCGCCCGCUUUCACAAUGGGACUGCUGGGGUGGCCCGUGUUGUCUUGA